AUGAGAAAAAAUACUAUGCUUCUUACAAACUUGGCAAUUUUUCCAUUGGUAGUGGUCGCAACCUCUGAUAUCGUCGCCCGAAGUGUCCCAGGGGAUCGUGUUCUAGCACUCAAUUUCAACAAGCAGAAAUAUCAGGGUAACGGACAUUAUUCUAGUCGGUUGGGAAAGAGGACCGUUGAAUCGGUAAUAAACAAUGAGUAUCUAGGUUACUACAUCGAUGUCGAGGUCGGCACCCCGCCCCAGAAAAUACGGCUUGUUUUAGAUACUGGUAGUAGCGAUGUCUGGAUACCAUCGACCAGCUCGAAGCUCUGUCGUAGUAGGAAAAACCCAUGCACCCAAGGCGCCUAUGACCCUGCACUAUCCACCUCUCGGAAGGUCGUCUCUGGGGGUGCCUUUAAAAUCGCUUAUUUGGACGGAACUCAGGCCAGGGGUGACUUUGUAACCGAGAAGUUUUCGUUCGCAAAUCAUACCAUACCUGAUCUCCAAAUCGGUAUUGGGUAUGAGAUCAAUGAUUCCGCCGGAGUUAUGGGCAUCGGAUUCCCUGCGAAUACGGCAGCUGAAGUCGCCUAUCCGGGUUUCGUCGAAGGUCUCGUUUCGCACGGUUUUAUAAAUUCGCAUGCGUACAGUCUCUACCUCAACGAUCAAGAGUCCGAUACAGGCUCCAUUCUCUUCGGCGGCAUCGAUACCAAAAAAUAUACGGGAGAAUUACGCAGUCUCCCUAUUUUAAUCGGAGAUGAUGAACUUGUACCCACACAGUUCCUUGUAGACCUCAGUUCCAUUGGUUUCGUGGGGAAAAAUGGGACGGAAAAACCAGUAUCUACCGAAAAAUUACAAGUGGUCCUCGACAGUGGUUCCUCCUUAACGUACCUCCCGAACUCCACUAUUGGACCAAUCAUCAAGGAAGUCGGUGGUUAUUGGCAACGUGACGCGGGAGCGUACGUAGUCCCAUGUUCCCUCAGCAAUAACUACGAGGAGUUUGUAACCUUUCAAUUCGGAGAACCCCUUGGCCCUAAAAUUAAAGUUCCGUUAGAGGAGCUUACAAAUUUCGCCAUCGACGUCAAAGGAGACCUUAUCCCUGAUGAGGAUGGAAACCCGAUAUGCUACUUUGGGAUCCAACCUCAGCCUAAGGAUGAGGACGAUAUUUACAUUUUCGGAGAUACCUUCCUAAGGAGCGCUUAUGUGGUGUACGAUCUUGACGGCCAGGAGAUCUGGAUGGCACAAACUGUAUACAAUGCUACGGAAAGUAAUAUUCUCGAAAUUAGGAAUAGUACAAAGACGAAGAGCGGGGUUCCAAGCGUUAAAGGUGUUGAGGAUGAGCCUAAAUUUACACCAACAACCGCCGAGGCCAAGGAAACAAUUCGUCCAAAUAUGGGACUGCGAGUGCAGGCUAGCGGAAUGUUUAGUUUUGCUAUUGGAAUUGUUGGAUGCAUCAUGGGGGCUAUGGUCUAA